GCUGUUGCCUCCCGUUAAACAGUUUAGCGCAAAUUUUACAUUUGGAAGCGGACUGACUAUAUAUAUGAACGUGGUGGAUUCUGUUUGUACAACUCGCCAAAAGUCCGUUUGAUGGACCAUUGUCGCGAUCGUGCUUAACUAUGGAACAAAGAAGACGCGAUAUUCAAAGGGCGCCUGGAUGUAUGUUGGGCUGUGUGGUGGUUUUGCUUUUGUGGACUGUGGCCUGGGCGCAAAUACGAUAUUCAAUAUCCGAAGAACUAAAAGAAGGGGCUGUUGUUGGAAAUGUAGCUAAAGAUCUUGGUUUAGAAAAAAGCACGUUGAAACAGAGGAAGUAUCGGAUUGUUUCAAGCAAUGCGGAACAUCUAUUCCAUGUGAACCAGAACGAUGGAGUCCUGUAUGUGAGUAGAAAGAUAGAUCGGGAGGAAGUCUGUGCGCAGAGCAGUACCUGUUUAAUAACUCUAAAAACAGUGCUGGAAAACCCACUGGAGGUCCAUUAUGUGGAAGUGGAGGUGACGGAUGUGAAUGAUCACUCCCCGAGUUUCCCAGAGAAAGAGAAAACAUUAGAGAUUUCAGAGUCUGUGUUUCCGGGAGCACGAUUUCAGCUAAAACCUGCACGGGAUCCAGACAGUGGUCAUUUCUCUGUGCAGCAAUAUAAACUAAGCCAGAAUGAAAAUUUCCGUUUAGAGGUUAAAGAUAAAGGAGAUGACGGUAAAAUACCAAUACUGGUUGUUCAAAAAGCUUUAGACAGAGAAACUGCUGUGAAGCACUCAUUAGUUCUGACUGCACUCGAUGGAGGUAAACCUCCAAAAUCUGGCGAAAUGAAUAUACUAAUAAAGGUUCUGGAUGUUAAUGAUAACCCUCCUGCAUUCACUAAAGACGUUUAUUCUGUGAUGCUCAGUGAAAAUGUACCAGUGGGUACAACAGUCAUACAAGUGAAUGCAACUGAUUUAGAUGAAGGACCGAACGGAGAGGUGGUUUACGCAUUUAGCAGCAGCAUGAAUCAAAAGAUAUUGAACUUAUUUGACAUAAAUCAAUCGACAGGUGAGAUAAUCGUUAAAAGUUUAAUAAAUUAUGAAGAGAAGGAAAAAUAUGAAAUUGAAAUCGAGGCAUCAGACAAAGGUCUCGCUCCUCUAACAACCGAAAAAAGUGUCAUUAUUAAGGUAGUCGAUGUCAAUGAUAACGCACCUGAGAUUGAGGUGACAUCGUUUUCCAGUUCCAUCCCUGAAGAUUCCAGACCUGGAACGACAGUGGCCCUGAUCAGUGUUAAUGACAUGGACUCUGGUCUUAAUGGGAAAGUUAUCUGCGCUAUAAAUAACGAUGUGCCUUUCACUUUAUCACCAUCCAUGAAGGAUAAAACGUAUUCACUAGUAACUAAAUCUCCUCUGGACAGAGAGAAACAGUCCAAAUAUGAUGUAACAAUAGUUGCAAAAGACGCAGGUAAACCUCCAUUAUCAUCUGAAAAGACAAUAAGCGUUGUGAUCUCAGAUGUCAAUGACAACAGUCCAGUGUUUUCACUGAGUCCUUAUACUUUCUAUGUCACUGAAGCGAAUGAACCUGGUACAUCUGUCUUUUCAGUUAAAGCUUUAGAUGAUGAUGAGAACGACAACGCCCUCAUUACCUAUCAUAUACUGAGAAGUGAGGACACAGUGUCUUCAUUUCUAAACAUUAACUCUGAAACUGGAGACAUUGUGGCGCUGAAAAGUUUUGACUUUGAAACUCUGAAAACGUUCCAGUUCCAAGUUGUCGCCACAGAUUCUGGAACUCCGUCACUGAGUAACAACGUGACAGUGAACGUGUUCAUUCUGGAUCAGAACGACAACGCUCCAGUCAUUCUGUAUCCACUCAGCUCCAACGGUUCUGCUGAAGGUGUGGAGGAGAUUCCACGGAAUGUCAACGCAGGACACUUGGUGACUAAAGUCAGAGCCUAUGAUGCUGAUAUAGGAUAUAACGGCUGGUUACUGUUUUCACUGCAGGAAGUUACUGACCAUAGUUUGUUUGGUUUGGACCGCUACACAGGACAGAUCAGAACACUUCGCUCAUUCACAGAAACAGACGAGGCUGAGCACAAACUGGUCAUUCUGGUCAAAGACAAUGGGAACGUUUCACUGUCAGCAACAGCUACUGUGGUUGUCAAAGUUGUGGAGCCAAAGGAGGCUUUUGCAGCUUCUGAUGUGAAAAGUGCAUCAAAGGAUGAUGACAGUAAUGUGACUUUUUAUCUGAUGAUAACUUUGGGCUCAGUUUCAGCACUUUUUAUCAUCAGUAUCAUUGUUCUAAUUGCAAUGCAGUGCUCCAAGACCACAGACUAUACAUCAAAAUAUUUAGAAGAUAAAAAUUAUGAUGGGACACUGUGUCACAGCAUCCAGUACAGAUCUGGAGACAAACGGUACAUGUUGGUUGGACCCAGAAUGAGUAUAGGAUCUACUAUAGUCCCUGGAAGUCAUGCAAAUACUCUGGUUCUGCCUGACAGGAGGAAGGCAUCUGGAGAGGUAAGGACUAAACUAAAAACAAAUUUUAUUUCAACUGAUUGGUGUGUGCAUAAUACUAUUUUUUCCCACUGA